GGGAGGAGGAGAAGGGAGGGGCAUUUAACGUUGGCGGCUGGUUCUGCGCCGGAUCCAGGAGAGGGGUGGGCGCCAUUGUGCUUCGCUGCCGACUGCUCUGCCUCACUGAGAGGCCUAGAACUCGGAGGAGGUAGCCGGCGGUGUGGUCGCUGCGAGCGGGACGCGCCCUGUUCAAUGCCAUCUCGGGAGCAGGGAAAACCUUAAGAAUGGAGUCUAAACCUUCAAGGAUUCCAAGAAGAAUUUCUGUUCAACCCUCUAGCUCUUUAAGUGCUAGGAUGAUGUCUGGAAGCAGAGGAAGUAGUUUAAAUGAUACCUAUCACUCAAGAGACUCUUCGUUUAGACUGGAUUCUGAAUAUCAGUCUACAUCAGCAUCAGCAUCUGCAUCACCAUUUCAGUCUACAUGGUAUAGUGAAUCUGAGAUAACUCAGGGAGCACGCUCAAGAUCACAAAACCAGCAACGGGAUCAUGAUUCAAAAAGGCCUAAACUUUCCUGUACAAACUGUACAUCUACCUCAGCGGGGAGAAGUGUUGGACAUGGUUUAAAUUCAGUAUCAGAUUCUUCUUGGAGGCAUGGUCAGGUUCCCAGAUCUUCAUCGAUGGUACUUGGAUCAUUUGGAACUGACUUAAUGAGAGAGAGGAGAGCUGAUUCCUCCGUUAGUAAUCUUGUGGACUAUAGUCACCGAAGUGGUGAUUUCACAACUUCAUCGUAUGUUCAAGACAGAGUUCCUUCUUCGUAUUCACAGGGAGCAAGACCAAAAGAGAACUCACUGAGCACUUUGCAGUUGAAUACAUCAUCCACAAACUACCAAAUGCCUUCUGAACAUCAUACCAUAGCGUGUUCUAGGGACUCUAGUAGAAAUUCUUUAAGAUCGAAUUUUUCUUCAAGAGAAUUGGAAUCUCCCCAACGUAGUACACAGCCUGGAUUUUCUUAUAUUUCAAAUAGAGAUGAACCCUCACCCAUAAGCAGUUCAGAUAGGGUUGGUUCAUCUCAAAGAACAUUUCAAGACUCUUCUGACAAUGAAGGUAGACGUACGACUAGGAGAUUGCUAUCACGUAUAGCUUCUAGUAUGUCAUCUACUUUUUUUUCACGAAGAUCUAGUCAGGAUUCCUUGAAUACAAGAUCAAGUUCUGAAAAUUCUUACGUUUCUCCAAGAAUCUUGACAGCUUCACAGUCUCGUAGUAAUGCAGCCUCAACUUCUGAUGUUUCUGAUAAUAGGGCAUCUGAAGCUUCUCAGGGAUUUAGAUUUCUUAGGCGAAGAUGGGGUUUGUCAUCUCUUAGCCAAAAUCAUAGCUCUGAGCCAGAUUCAGAAAAUUUUAACCAAGAAUCUGAAGGUAGAAAUACAGGACCAUGGUUAUCUUCCUCACUUAGAAAUAGAUGCACACCCUUGUUCUCUAGAAGGAGGCGUGAGGGACGAGAUGAAUCUUCAAGGAUACCUACCUCUGAUAUACCAUCUAGAUCUCAUAUUUUUAGAAGAGAAUCAAAUGAAGUGGUUCACCUUGAAACACAGAGUAAUCCUAUUGGAGCUGCUGCCAACAGACCACAAGCAUCUGCAGCAUCUAGCAGCGCUGCCACAGGUGGCUCCACAUCAGAUUCGGCUCACAGUGGAAGAAAUACAGGAAUAACAGGGAUUCUUCCUGGUUCCUUAUUCCGAUUUGCAGUCCCCCCAGCACUUGGAAAUAAUCUGACCGACAAUGUUAUGAUCACUGUGGAUAUUAUUCCUUCAGGUUGGAGUUCAUCUAAUGGAAAAAGUGAUAAAACUAAAAGUGCACCUUCAAGAGACCCAGAAAGACUGCAGAAAAUAAAAGAAAGCCUCCUUUUAGAGGACUCUGAAGAAGAAGAAGGUGACUUAUGUAGAAUUUGUCAGAUGGCAGCUGCAUCAUCAUCUAACUUGCUGAUAGAGCCAUGCAAGUGCACAGGAAGUUUGCAGUAUGUCCACCAAGAGUGUAUGAAAAAGUGGUUACAGGCCAAAAUUAACUCUGGUUCUUCAUUAGAGGCUGUAACCACCUGUGAACUCUGUAAAGAAAAGUUGCAGCUUAACCUGGAGGAUUUUGAUAUUCAUGAACUACAUAGAGCUCAUGCAAAUGAACAAGCUGAGUAUGAGUUUAUCAGCUCUGGUCUCUACCUAGUUGUGUUACUGCACUUGUGCGAACAAAGCUUUUCUGAUAUGAUGGGAAAUACAAAUGAACCAAGCACACGUGUCCGAUUUAUUAACCUUGCAAGAACUCUUCAGGCACAUAUGGAAGAUCUCGAAACGGUAAUAAGCCAGAUUCUACUCAGCUUCAGAGGAUGAUUCCGAAGAAGAUGGAGACCAUAACAGAACAUUUGAUAUUGCCUAACUUCAUAAGAGACAAAUGGAUGAUCUGUGAACAAGUGUUUAUUAAAACUGGCAAUUAAGUAUGAACGAAUUUUGUGGCGGAAUGCCUAUUGAAUACGUUGACUAUAAAUAUAUAUAAAAUGAAUAUAUGUAUACACAUGUAUGCAUGUAUAUAUAUAUUCAUUCUCAAAUGUUGCUGAAUUAACAUUCUACUGCUGGACCUUUUAACAUGGCCAGUGAAUCUGACGUUUAUAAACUGGUAAUCAAAAGUAUUUUUCUUUUAGGUGAAUGGGAAAGUGUUACCCUUGUUUUAAAUAUCUAAGCAAUGCCAACAACCCUUUUUUGUGUUCUGAUUACUGUAGUCAUAUUUAUGGGAAAAGUUUGUGUUAUAGUCUCUUGCUAGUGAAAAAAGUGGGACAAAAUUUGCUUUUGAAAUAAAAUGCCAAAUGGCACCUAAUUAUUUUUUCUUUUUAAAUGCCUUAAGUUGCAGUCUCAUUUUCAUAAUCAUUUGUUUCCAGUGUUUAAAAAAAUAAAAAGGAUGGAGAGAAUGUAAUAAGAGCAUUAUAUUAGGUUUCCAAAUUUAAUUUGAAUUCUAAAUUCACUUAGCAAUAAAAUCUAAUUUUAACAAAAGUAUAUAAGUAUAAAAUGUAUAAAUGAUGGAUGAAGUUUUAUAUUGAUUUGCAAAAUGCAGAUUAUAUUUGAUAGGCCAUAGUAUGUAGAUAUUCCUUUUAGGAAUAUUACAGCUAUAAAUUAUAUCAUAAUUGCCAGUCAAAAGCUAUUUGGUUGAAAAAAAACAUUAUUGCAAUCUCAAGUUUAUGGAAUGUUUUUAAAAUCCCACGUCCAAAGUUUAAAACACUGGUUUUCAAUGUAUUUUUUAGUGUUGUCACUUCUUUAUAGAUAAAUAUGAUAUAAAUAACCUGUUUGGAUCUUGGUCGUUUUUAACUGUUCCUUGGUAAUUCCGAGCAUUUAUUUUAUGACUUAAUAUUUUUCACUACCUUGGAAAACACAUGAACAUUACCUAUGCACCAUGAAUAGAUCUAUACUCUGGUCCUGAGUUGCAUAUACUUCCAUAGCACUGUACAUUUCCUCUGUCAACACCCUUAGGAUACACUUAAAAAUACCUUCAGGUGGUUUCAGGUUAAAAAAGUUUGAUGUCAUGGCAACAAACUACUUUUUCAGAACCUAAGUAGAAACCAUGUAAUUUCUCAAAUGUAAAUCAGCAGUUUGCCCACACUUAGUUUCUUGGUCUUAAUGUAAAACCUUGGCUUGAAAUAAAGUGCAUACUGAUUGAUUUA